AUGUCAUUUGUCGACCGAGCGUCUCCACCCAUUCCCAACGGCGAUACAACAACACCACGUGUGGACAGGGCGUCCUCGCCGGUCAAUCAUAACGUCGACCGAGUGUCUUCAUCCAUUCCCAACGGCGACACAACAACACCACGUGUGGACAGGGCCUCCUCGCCAGUCAACAUAUUUGCAAAAGAUGUUAUGGGCACGCUUCAAGAGUAUGCAGAACGUCUGGCCUUGGCCAUCGUAACAAUCCACAACUUAGAAGGGAGAAACGCUGAAUGCAUGCGAGCAGCGUGA